GACUGGCGCAACGAGAUCAUUUAUUGAUCAUUUAUUAACAGAAUUUGACCCCAUCUGUUCCUUUGUGGUACCGAUUUUCUCGCGCGCCAGCCGGGCUCGUGUCUAUUCCUAGUACAAGUUUACCCGCCCGGAUUGACUUGAUACCCUUUGAGCUUAAUUUCGGCACUCGUGGCGUUGAAAUGGGGUUUUUUUGGGGAGUGUUACACCCGGGGCAUUUCAGGGCAUGCGUAAAGUUGUCAUCCAGGGUUCUUUGCUUGGGAUCAAUUAUUGACAUGUUCAGAGAGUGAAUCUUUGUAUCUUCUAAUGCUCCUGGCUAUGGUUGGAGGUUGUCAGUGAGAGUAUUUUUCUUAUUAUUCCACAUUCUGUCCUUGGUUUCUCGAAAGGUUGCCGGCAGUUGAUAACACAGGAGAGCAUUCACUUGUUAUUUUUGUUUUUCUCUUUUCUGUUGUACUCUGAACUCUUGGGAUCUUCAUUUCAUAGUUUGCCGUUGGAUGGGUACAGUUUUUCUAAGUUGAACUUUUGUUCAGUAUUCUCUUUUCAAUAGUUGUUUUAGCUGUGCGGGGAGCAUAGACAGUCGGUUGGAAACUCAGAAUGUCUGUGAAGCACUUAUAGGUUUGUGUGGCUAAACUUGGACACAACUUAACGACGGUCCAUUUAAGAGGGGAGUUUGAAAUGGGAAGGGGGAGACACGACCGAUGUUGAUUCAUUACGAGACGUGUCACACUUGAGAUAGCUGAAGGCAGGAUUUUGACGUAGUUGAGAUUUUGGAGUCACGAUUUAGUCGAAGAUUCAUCGUAUCGUUUUUUGGCUGUCUUCUCUAUCCUGUAUUUCUUAGGUAUAAGCUCCUGUAUCGACGAACGGCAGAUGUGAAUUUUGAGUACAAGUACAUGUUUAGGAAGGAAAUAGCAAUAGAGCGAAUUUAGUCACUGGAAGAGUUUACAGGGAUGGUGUCCAUUUCAAAUACUGGCUCUGAGAACGGUUUCGUCGGAACCGAUAGUGCGGACAAGCCUCACUUCCAGGUUGUGAGAGGAAUGAAGUUGUGUGAAGAGGAUGCGGAAGACUGGUCUUACAGAGGUGAAGGCGCUGCUAAUAUCGUGCUGGCUUACGAUGGCGAAAAACCUUCAUUUGUUGGGAGAGUUCUGCGCAUACGCAAAGCUUCCAGAAAUCCUAGUGGGUUAAUUGAUAAUGGAACCCAGAAUCAAGUGAAGAAGGAUGCGAAGCCGGUUUUAACUGAGCAUGAAAUAAAGUUGUGGAGAGAGUGGCCAAGCAUGUGUGAGGCGACAACAUCUGCAGCCCUGGCACAUGCUUAUGCUUGUGAAAUCAUGCAGCCUUUACUGGGAAAAGAUCACAUCGAUGCCGGGAUGUUGGUUUUCCUUACAACGGGAUUCCUGGAGGCCGUUUCCAAAGAAGUUAAUGCCAAUCAACCGGAAUGGAGGCGGAAGGAUGCCCAGAUGGAUAUGACGGGAGGUCUUGCUCUUAUGAUUGCAGAUCAUUCCUCUUUUCCCGCCUUGCGAAGCAGUGCGAGGGAUUUGCCACAAACUAUCACUGUCGAACUCAAGCCAAAGUGGGGAUUUUUGCCAACAGCAGCAACUAUUUCUGAUAAGAAUAAUGUGAAACGGCAUGUGCCACGUUUUACAAUGCUCCAGCACCUGAAGCUUCAACAGGGCAAGGCAAAGGCGAUUAGCAAGUACUCACCUCUGGACCUUUUCUCGGGAUCUGACGAAAGGAUCAUCAAGGCUUUAGUUGAUCUGUUCGAGACACCUCAGAAUAAUGUCCGAGUUUUCUUGGAAGGAGAACAAGUUUUUGGAGCCCCUGCAGAUGGGCAAUCCAUUGAUGAAGAAGUUUCCUCUCUGGAGGAGAAACUUGCAGCUGUGUCAGUAGCUCCGGAGGGUGAACGUGUAUCGGUGUUCCAACGACUGGUGGCAAGUGCACUGAACAAGAGUAAAGCUCUGGAUCAGCUGCUAAGAGUGCAGAAACUAGAUACAUAUGACAUUGAGGGUGCAAUAUUGGCGUACGACAAGUUUAUGGAGAUGGCCGACAAUGCUGACGCAGAUGACAGCUCUGAGGCAGUAUCCACCUCGUCUGAAAAUGGGAAAUCCAUUAAUGGGUCUUGUUUUACCCGAAUUGACAAUUUAGCUUUGGAGGCUGAGGGUGAACUGAAGAACAGAGACAAGGAAUGGAUCAAAUCUUUGACUUGGGAACAAAGUUGCUGUGUGGUUCGAAACUUCUUAAUUGCAGGGACUGCCAAAGAUUGUGGUCUCAUGCUUACUUUACGGCCAUUGCAUAACAGACAAGGGAAAGCAUUUCCUGUACCAUCUGCUCCUAUCGUGGCAUGUCCAACCACUGGCCAGCAAUACAUUUUCAAGGUUGCCUUUUUGGACCUGGAUCCAAAGCGACUGAAGAAAAUGCCAUUUUAUCACUCACUAGACCAACAGAUUGUGGAUACUUACAAGGCAUCUUUAACAUGACCAACAAAGCGACAGUGAUUAUUUCAGUUGUUGCUGUAAAAUUAAGUGCAUAGGUUGCGCUUACCAACUGCGCUGCCCACAAGCCUCACUGACUUUUAGGUGAUAAUGAGGAAAGGUGCAGUCAUAUGAUAUUUUUUCCCCUGUAGAUUUGCAGAGAAGGCACCUCACUUUAGGUGGUUUCUUAGACACAGCUUGUCUGGAAAGGUAAUCAGAAGUCACUACAUGUAAGGUAUGAUUUUGAUUUGCUUUGCUUUAAACGCAAGUGUCCCUUAAGAUGGUAGUGACACCGACUUUUAGCCCAAUUACCACCUUACACAGAAACUGAAGUAUACAGUGUAGUUGCUGUGGUGUGUUAAAAGCGAUUUAAUCAAAGUGUUCGUUCAAGGCUGAUACAACUGGUGUUGUUGCCUAGAUCAAUGCUACCUCUUCCCAGCGCUCAUUUUUCUCA